AUGUCCAUGCAGCUGUAUACAUCGAAGAACUGCGGCCAGGUCGCCCGUCCGGCGAUCCCCGCCGCGUCCACGUCCGCGCCGCGGCAACAGCCCGCGCGCCGUCAGCGGCACGUCGCCGCGGCCGCGCAGCAGCGGGACGCGCUCGACCAGGCGCGCCAGCAGUACGCGCAGCUGCUGCCGCGGCAAGCGCGCGCCACUGCCGCCGCGGCGACGGCCGCCGGUAUCGAGGCCGCGGGGGAGUCCGGUCAGAGCAGGGGCAGCUGGCCCUUGGCGGUGGCCGCCGCCGCCACUGCGGCCGUCGCCGCUGCUGCAGCUGGCCUCGUCAUGCUCUCCUCCCCCUUCACCUUCGACUCUCUGCCCGACUCGCCCGCGUUCCCAAGCCUCACCGCCGGUCCUCAGACCCUGGCAGACACCGUGCCCCUGCGCUACCGCGGCCUCGAUGCUGACAAGGACGGGCUCAUCAGCCGCGCCGAGCUGGUGCCUCUGGAGACUGACCUGUGGCUCAAGUGGGCCGAGGGCGCCGCGCCCGCAGUGAGGGCCGAGGUCAGCCCCUUUGACCGCUACCAGGACGGCUCCAUGUCGGCCGGCCAGGCGCUGCACUACCUGGGCCUGGAGGGCUCCAUCAAUGCCAACGGCUGCGUCACCGCCGGCGUCUGGCAGGUGUUCGACUCCGACGGCAGCGGCGGCGUCGACAGGCGUGAGUGGUCGCGCGCGCUCGGCGACCUGGGCGCCGACGGCAACGCCGCCAAGGGCCUGGUGUUUGACCGCGUUGACCGGCUGUCAGGCUCGGGCGGCGCGCUGGAGGGGGACGGGUUCAGGAUGGCGCUCUCGCAGAUCCGCCGCGCCGUCGCCGGCGGCGGCGGCGCGGAGGGCGUCGUGUUUGGCGCCAAGUAG